AUGCUGCCUCGACGUCUUGUCUUCCAUUCGCUCGUCCCGUUCCAGUUUCGAACAAGUGCCAGCAGUGCCGCUGGCGACGAGCUUCGCGCUGCGCGCAACUGGCUUGCGAGCCUGGAUGCAGAGACGAUCCCUCUGCAGAGCAUUGGCGAACUGAGCUUCAGCAGAUCAUCAGGCCCCGGUGGCCAGAACGUCAACAAAGUCAAUUCAAAAGCUACAUUAAAGGUGCCUCUAGACGCCCUGCUGCACCAUGUCCCUGCAGCUUUGCAUGGCGAGAUUAGACGUUCCCGCUACGUAGCUGCUAGGUCAAAUACUAUAAUAGUGCAGGCCGACGACAGUCGAAAGCAGAGCGACAAUGCUCAAAGUUGCUACAAGCGCUUAUACGAAGCCAUUGCCCGGGCUGGACAAGACGCUGUCCCCGCCGAGACGCCAGCAGCACAGGUGCAGCGUGUCAAACAUCUACAAAAGUCUGAUAACGAGCGCCGCCUCAAGAGCAAGAAGCAGCAAAGCGCUAAGAAGACGUCGCGGCGAGGCCGGGGUGAUGAGUGA